UGUUUCUAUUAGGAAGCUGACGCAUCGAAUCAAAUCGGGUGGUUAAGAGGUGGCCGGGAACAUUUUGAUAAUGUCAAAACAUUAUAAAUCAGAUGCAUAUACUUGUCCAUAUUUAUGGAUGAAUUGGAAACAAAGGCGUACAUUUGGUUGGAUAUGCGGUUCAGUAUCAUAUUUACAAACAAAAGUUCCAGGUGUAAAAUUUGAAAAUGAUUGUUGUCCAGGUUAUGAAAAAACUGAAUUAUUAGAUAAUAAAUGUGCUUUUAUUGAUCGUUCAUGGCAAACUAUUAUUGAUCAAUUAAGAGAUCAAAAAAGUUUACAAAUAGCUCAAACAUUAACUAAUGGUAAUAAUUUACAAGAUUUAUCAUCGAAUUCAACUAAGAAUGUUUAUACCGUUUUUGUACCACAACAUGAUGAUGAUAUUACAUCGAAGGAAUUGGAUUAUAUCAGUGAUACCAAUGCUGUAGGCGCAAUGGUCUCUCCUGGUCGAUGGUAUUCAAAAGAAUUUCAUAAUGGUCAAAAAAUUCCAACCACCAAAGGUACUAAUAUAAAAGUGACAACUUAUUCUAAUGGAUUAACUUUCUUGGAUUGUAAAGCGUUACUAAGUCCAGAUCAUGAAGCAUCAAAUGGUUUAAUUCAUCGAAUCGAUGGAGCUCUUCCACCUACUUAUAAAUAUCCAACAAUUUUGAAACGUUUAAUUGCUGAACCAGAUCUAUCAUCAUUUGUUCAAAGUUUACCACAAGAUAUAAAAAGAAAAUUAGAUGAAUCAAAUUCAAUUGAAUGGUAUACAGUAUUUGCAGUACCAAAUAAUAUUUGGAAUAGAAUAACAUCAGGAAUUGUUUCAACAGAAAUCAAAGAAGCUUUAGCACGACAACAUGUCAUGAAUAAAAUGCUUUGUUCAGAUGCAAUUGUUAAAAAUACUAAACGUGUUGGUCCAACAUUAGCUGAAACUUAUAUUGGUAUUGAAAGAAAUUCUAAUGGGAAUUUAAUUAUGAGUGAUAUAUGCAAUAAACAAAUACCUAUUCAACGUACUGAUUUAAUGUCUGGUACUGGAGUUAUACACAUCAUUGAAAAUUCAAUAAGUAGUUUAGAAUCAAUGAAGUUAAAUGAAGCUCUUGAAUGCUUAGAAAAUAAUCCUUCACUUAAUGUGAAACAAGCUGCCAGUGAAAUGCGUAAAUGUCAAAUAGAUCUUGGAGGUGGUCGUGAAAAUGUCAUACUUUUAUCGAAUGAUGGAGCUUUUCAAUCUAAAUUCUACAAAGAGAAUAUAAGACAACUACAAUUAGAUAAAUGUAAAUUAUAUUCACAUCAUUUAUUAAAAAUAAAAAAUCCCCAAAAUGUUGAUGUAUAUAAAACCGGUUUUAAUCAAGAACAAGAAUUUACAACCCAAUAUACAGCAUCAGAUGAUUCAAAGUAUUCUGUUUAUAGUAGAUAUAUUAAAACAAGACAUGGUACAAAAUUAACAUUUAAUCAUGCUGAAGCAACUGAUUUACAUCCAAUAAAAUUUCAUGAUGGAGUUAUCCAUAUUGUAAAACAAGUAAAUUUACCACCACAAGGUGAUAUCUCUUCUUUGAUUCAACAAAAAUCAAAUACAAAGGAAAUUUCAACAAAAUUUCUUUCAACUAAUUUUCAUCAACAAUUAAUUCCAUAUUCACCGAAUAUUCUAUUCUUGGCACCAAUUGAUGCAGGAUGGAAAACAAGAGAUUUAGAAAAUUCUUAUUCCAUUGAACAAACUCGUAAACUUUUACAAUUGCAUACUAUUCCACAUGGAUUUUUCGGCAGUGAUGAUGGUUUUAUUGAACGUGGUAGUGUACUUUUAGUUGAAUCACUUUUAACUAAUUUACAAGGUGAAAAAGUAGAAUUAUUCAUUAAACGUACACCAGAUGGUAAUACAUUUGUUGGUCAUAAAGAUCUUAAAGAAGAAUUAUGGUCUAUGGUGAUUGAUUGGAAUAAAGUUGGACAGAAUGGUAUUGUUUGGUUUAUUGAUUGGCCAAUGAAAUGUCCAGACCAAUUAUGUUAACAAUGUUUAAUCAAUAUUUUAAUGAAUUUUAACUUUAAUGAUAAACAAUUAUUAGUCUAUUGUUUAUUGAUCCAUUAUGUUUUGUUAUAGUAAACGAUUGUUUAUUUAGUGUUAAAUCUUUUUCAUAGUGAAAUAUAAAACUUUUGUUUUAUUAUUCGUUAGUAUACUUCGAUCUGUACUAAUAAUAAAGACUUGACACACAUGACAUUGAUUAUCACCCAGUGAUUAAUCAACUGUGACUACUUGUCAGUCACGGCCCGGAUAGCUCAGUGUUAAUGUCUCUGACUGUGAAGCUGGGUGACACGAGAUCGAAUCCGCCAGCGAGUACCAGUUCCCUCAAGAUUACAGGCACACCUUGCUGACGAAUGCCAAGUAGCAUGAAACCCGGGUCCAGGGUUUCCUGUCGACUACCUCAAACCACCAUCUAAUACUUUUUAUGUAUUUAUUAAGAGUACUUAACUCUCUUCAAUAUACAACUGAUAUUUACAUGAUUUGAUUAAUUGUUGAAUGAAUUCAUAUUUGAAUAGGACAAUGGGUGAAUAUAUUUAAUUGAAGACAAUUUAUUUGUUUAUUUGAACACAUCAAUAUUAGUACAACGGGGCACCGAAUACAUAUACGCCACACAAGUUACUUGGUUUGUGUAUGGGGUAUGAUACUACCCGGGUGCGCAGACCGAAACAGGUGAUUUUCUUAAGGUGCCAUACCCG